UGCCCCCUUCUCCACCCCUUGAAUUUCCUCGUCGCCGCCCCAUUUCUUCCUUGCCACCACACACCUCGCCGCUGCAACUCCAUCCGCCGCCACACACCUCGCCGCUGCAACUCCAUCCGCCUCAGCCCAGCUGGUUCAUUUGCCUCAUCUUCCCAGUCUCCCUUAGCUUGCUACUGCAGUUUUAUCCAACCCCAUAGCCGCAUUCUCUUGCCCGUAAAGGCACUCUCAGAUUAACCUUUUGUAGAUCUCCUGGUGGAGUGAAAUCGUCUACAAAUCCGAUUUUAGCAAUGACAGAUUCACCGGGGAGUGUUAAAGAACAACUAGCAAGAUUGUUUGAUGAAUCACUUAGAGCAACAUUUCCAGAUGAGUUGGAUGUACAACCUCAGAUUGCUGUUUGCAACAAUCCCAGAUUUGGGGAUUAUCAGUGUAAUAAUGCCAUGAGCGUAUGGGCUAAAAUUAAAAGCAGGAGUAGUCAAUUCAAAGGUCCUCAACCUGUUGGACAGGCCAUUAUGCAUAAUCUACCUCAGUCAGAAGUAAUAGAAAAAUGCAGUAUUGCUGGGCCAGGUUUUGUCAAUGUAGUACUAUCCAGGCAAUGGAUUGCUCAGAGUAUCCAAAAGAUGCUAAUCUAUGGUAUUGAAACAUGGGCUCCAAAGCUUUCUGUCAAAAGGACAAUUGUUGACUUCUCAUCACCAAACAUAGCUAAAGAGAUGCAUGUUGGCCAUCUAAGAUCUACUAUUAUUGGAGACACCUUGGCCCGUAUGCUGGAGUUCUCUAACGUUGAAGUUCUUCGAAGAAAUCAUGUUGGUGACUGGGGUACACAGUUCGGUAUGCUAAUUGCAUACCUUUUUGAAAAAUUUCCGAACUGGCAAGCUGCUAGUGCUCAAGCCAUUGGUGAUUUAGAGGCAUUUUAUAAGGACUCAAAACGAAGAUUUGACAGUGAUCCUGCUUUCAAGGAGAGGGCACAAAAGGCUGUAGUCAGUCUUCAGGGUGGGGAUGAGGAGUACAGAAAGGCGUGGCUACAAAUCUGUGAAAUUAGUCGGAAAGAAUUUCAAAAGAUAUAUGAUCGGCUUGGAGUACGCUUGGAAGAGAUGGGAGAAAGCUUCUACAAUCCUAUUAUUCCUGAGGUUAUAGAACUAUUAAAUAAAAAGGGCUUGACUGAAGAAAGCGAUGGUGCUCGUGUCAUCUUCAUAGAAGGGAAAAACUAUCCACUCAUUGUUGUAAAGAGUGAUGGCGGUUACAACUAUUCUUCAACGGAUCUUGCUGCUAUAUGGUAUCGACUGAAUACAGAAAAGGCAGAGUGGAUUAUUUAUGUCACUGAUUCUGGCCAGCGAGAUCACUUUGAAAUGGUUUUUGUUGCCGCAAGACGUGCAGGUUGGCUUCCGUCUGAGGAGAAUGCAUACCCAAAAGCAAGCCAUGUGGGGUUUGGUAUGGUUUUAGGAGAAGAUGGGAAACGGUUUCGUACUCGAAGUACUGAAGUUGUAAAGUUGAUUGAUUUACUUGAUGAGGCCAAGAGCCGGUGUAAAGCAGCUCUUGUUGAAAGAGGCAAAGCAGAUGAGUGGACUGAAGAGGAGCUUGAGCAAACUGCUGAAGCAGUUGGAUACGGCGCUGUGAAAUAUGCUGACUUGAAAAACAAUAGACUGACCAAUUACACCUUCAAUUUCGAUCAGAUGCUCAACGACAAGGGCAAUACUGCUGUAUAUCUGCUGUAUGCACAUGCACGAAUCUGUUCAAUCAUCAAGAAGUCAGGAAAGGAUAUAGAGGAAUUGAUAAAGAACGAGACACUGGAUUUGGCUCAUAAAGAUGAGCGUGUGUUGGGACUCCAUUUACUCCAGUUUCCUGAGGUUGUUGAAGAAGCUUGCUCGAAUCUUUUACCAAACUUGCUGUGCGAGUAUCUAUAUAACCUAUCUGAGGACUUCACAAGAUUCUAUACAAAUUGUCAGGUGGUAGGUUCAGCUGAGGAAGCGAGUCGCCUCUUGCUAUGCGAAGCCACGGCAGUUGUCAUGAGGAAGUGCUUCCACUUGCUGGGUAUCACUCCCGUUUACAGAAUCUGAGUUUUUUUUUUUUGGGUACCUCAAACUCUCAAAGUCUUUCCAGUUGUUAUGCUAACAAGAACAGAGCCACUUAUUUGGUAUGGUCCAUGAGAUGGCACAAAACGUGUCUGUUCUAUCUCAUGCACUUUGAUUUGCAGAGAUAUGGUCUUGACGCCGAUUAUGUUGUCAAUGCGUAUUCUUAUGUGUUUUAGGUAUACUUUGUGGCCACAUUUUCCCCAAUUUAUUCUUGAGAUAUGAUAUGUUUCAUUCAAAUCAGAUUCAUUUAGUUAGACUAGAUCUAUUC